AUGACCCCGUUUGAGCAGCUGUAUCAGUUAGGGUUGCCUAUCCUGGUGAUUUCCCCCCAGGUAUCAUCACUGGUGAGCGACUCAGGUGCGGUAGGAGUCAGGGCUAACAUCGGAUCCAGACGCAUUUUUGCUGCCAUGUCUCAACUUAACGACCCCGACGGUGGCAUUCCGGACAGCGACACAGCCCAAACGACCGAACUGAACGCUAGGGUCCGCCAUGAAAAGGAGGCACACGGGAUUGGCAACUGCCCAUCUAACAUCCGAGCAAACGACCGCGGUCAUUACCUACGGAACAGCAUGCGCCGCGAAUGGCUGCCCGAGGCCCAUCCGGGAGCCAACAGCUUUGGUCGCUCGAAUGAGGACGAUAGGUCCGAUUCCGACCAUAACGCACUCAGGACCCACUGCGACGGCGAACAUAGCACUGAAGCCCCCAGCGUCCCGGUACCCUCGACGCCGGAGAACUCCUUGAGGCUUUCCUCAUCAGGCCGGUCCCACUCACACGAGGACUCGACCGUCCACACUAGCACUACAGAUUCACGAACUCCCCCUGGGAGUCCUGGGUCACAAGGGACCACGCGGGCCCCAUUGCCAUCAGCAGUUUCCUCUGAAUCCGACCCGACCGGGGUCAUCGACCCGGGCGCCGACGACUACAAACUUAGGCAAGCAACCUCAAACGCAAUUAGAAUGUUGUUUUGGGAUGGCACGUAG